AGCAGCAGCAGCAGCAGCCAUUACUGCUCUCUACGUCGCUGUCGCCUUCAUCAACAUUUACUUAUAAAUCACCAGGAGAGGAUGCAGUGCACGGCAGCUGCGUCUAGGCCUACUGGAGGAGUCGCCUUCAUCAUCAAGAACAAGUUGGAUCGGUGUCUAAGUAGGAAGACACUGUAUCGACGUCUUCCCUGCCUCUCCUGGCUCAGGAGCUACAACACAGAGUGCCUGCUGGGGGACUUAAUCGCUGGCUUCACCGUUGGCCUCAUGUUGAUACCUCAGGCGCUGGCUUACGGUCUUGUAGCUGGCCUCACUCCAAGUUUCGGGCUGUACUCUGCCUUCAUUCCCUGCUUCGUGUACUUCCUGCUGGGGUCAACAAAUGAGCUCAGCAUCGGACCAACAGCUAUCAUGUCCCUCAUGACGUACCAGUAUAGUGGUCAGGGCGGGGCUGACUAUGCUGUUCUCCUCACCUUCAUGGCUGGCAUCAUAGAACUGGUCGCUGGCAUCAUCAACUUGGGGUUCGUCAUCAACUUCAUCUCUGUGCCAGUCAUCAGUGGGUUCACCUCAGCUGCAGCUAUCAUUAUAGCUUCCUCUCAGCUCAAGCUACUGUUUGGUCUUCGUCUCAAGACCAAAGGACUGAUCAACACUUGGAUCAAAGUUUUCUCAAAUAUCCAAGAUCGUCGAUGGCAGGACCUGACACUCGGCCUCACCUGCAUUGUCGUCCUCUUCCUCCUGAAGCUGUGA